AUAAAGUAAAAACAAAACUGUGCUGAGAGUAAAGAUAUGGAGUAAUAAAAUGAAGGUUAAGACGAUAUAAUUCUUGGGUGACGAGGCCGCAAUAUUGUCAUCGUCAAUCAAGAUCUCAAAGUGAUUAAACUCUCUCGUCAAGUCCAAUUCCGUGUCUCUCUUCUCCUUCUCUUUUUCUCUCUCAAUUCUGUUGGGUUAACGUGGUUAACCCUAGAUUUACUGUAGUAAAGAGUUGUCGUUGACGUGAAGGAAAACGGAGUAAGGGUAUGUGCUCGGCCAUUCGUUGAUGCUUUCUUCCCUGAGGGAUUCCCCGGAUCACACUACGGAUAGCUUAUCAAAACUUAUACUCUUUUUUAUUUUUCUACUUAUUAGAUUGCUAACAAUAAUCCAGGUACAACUUUUACGCCAUCAAAAAAAUGACUCAACGAGCAAUACUCUUACUAUCAAUAUUAAUAAGCAUUUCAACUGCAGUUCAAAGUAAUAAUAAUAUCAAAGUUGUCCAUAGCAAAAAUACAGCAGAAAAUCAAGAGAGAAACAGUCCAGCUUUAAACAAUUUUCUGAGGGAGGUACUCAGUGCCAAGGAUGAAUUGAAAUGGAUAGAUCAAAUGAUUUAUCCUCACGUGAACAACCAUCAAUAUCGUAAAACGAGACGUAGAUUACUUGCAACGAGGAAUGGUCGGUCCGUAACUAGAAAAAAUUAUUGGAGUUACGCUGGAAACUCUGUUGAUACUGAUGAUGAAUAUGAUGAUGAUGAUGAUUACCAAGAAUACUUUGAUACCACUGAUAUGCUAACUAACAGCAAAAAAUCUUUUCACGCUGAUGGUACGAAAAGAAGGCGGUUUAAUCUUGAUGAUAAUGGUCUUGAAAAUGAUGACUGUGAUAGUAAUGAAGAGAAAUGUGAGCCCGUAGUGCAUAGAGGAAUUCUAAUUAAAAAAAUGAAUAAUAAAACUAAAUACGUGGAACCUAAGACAGUUUUUCUUACUCCAGAAAAUUUAAACUCUCAAAAGUUUUCAUUUAAAAGAAACAGUCUACGAAUUAAAAAUGAUUUACAGAAUGACGAGGAGAGGGAUAAUGAUGAUAAUUACGAUGAGGAAGAUAGUUUGGAGUACGAAGGAACCAAUUAUGAUGAUCAAUUAAAUGGACGCGAAGCUCGAUAUCACAGAGAUCAAGAUCACGAGGCUCAGUUGGCUCUUGAGGAAUCGAACUCGGGAGACGAUAACCAAAAGUACAAAAGAACUGCUCAGGAUGAUGAUAUCUUCAAUUACUUGGAUGGCAUCCCUUUUGAUCUAUCAUCACCUGAAGUAGGCAAUACAUCUUCAUCCGGAAGUGAUUAUCAUGCGCUAAAAGCUACAGAUGACAUGUUCAAAGGGGGAAUCGAACAAGGAAAUUCAAUUGAUGAUAAAAUAGAUGCGUUCAAAAAGAUUGCACUAACGAAUGCAGAAAAAACUAACCCUCCUUAUGUGAAGAAAACUAAAUGGUACAGUUAUCUGAAAUUAUCUCAAAGAAACGACGAAGAACCAGCUGGGAAACUCAAUACAUCUACUGAUAAGAAAGUCGAGAAAAAACAAGAGUCAAGAGAAAAACGUUUGACUGUAAAUGAUAUGCCAAUAAUGGAUCAAGAAUCAAUAGUAGAGCCAUCAAAUUGGCCUUGGGAAUAUUACGACGAUAAAGAUGACAUGAGAAUAAAAUUCGGGCGUGGAUUAAUGCAAGUGUCGAAUGAAAAAUUUAGUAGGUCUGUGAAGAAAAGAAAAAAAAUGAGGUCGAGAAAUUCGUUUAACAAUUUAAAAUUUAUAAAUUCUACAAACCCAAGUCAUUCUCUGAAAAAAUCUAAUUUUCGUUUAGAGCACAAACGUUUAAAAAACCAUUUUAAUAGAGACUCGUUUCCUUAUGUAAAUAAGAAACGGCAUUAUAAUAAAAAAUUUCAACUAAGAAGAUUUGCUAGAGAAGCUGAGAAUAAGAAUGAAGAUAAGGAUAAGGAUAUUUCGCAAAUACAUUUCCGAACUAACGGAUUGCUUGCAGAUGAAAUUGUUGACAAAAUAUUUGAAGAAGUCAAUAAAAAUGAUUAUUUAAAAGACGGCUUGACAUUUCAAAGAAGUAAUAAGACUGCUGAUAAUGAUACCAAUUCAUCAGAUAAUAAUACCGUUGUUGAAGAUAAAACGGUGGAAGCUAUGAGAACAGUUAAAGAGCUUUUACAAACUAUUAUUACGCAGGAAUUGGAAAAGAAAACUUGUAUGAAAUUACCAAAGUGUUUAGAAGAUUUUUUAGUCUGGUUAGUUGAAAAAGAAGAUGCAACUGAUUCUGAAAAGGAAAAGCUUGGAAAAACAAGUAACGUUGCAGAGAAAAAAUAUGAACAACGGAAAAUUCUAUUCCCAGUUGGAUCAAUAUCGCUUCCAUCGGAAAAUUCUUCCGAAAAAGGUUCGCCAGUAAAAUCUCGUCUGAUAGCAAAAUCUGCUGUGAAAACAGAAAGCACACCAAAAAAUUCUUCAAACUUUCAUCAAGAAGAGGACCUCUCGAGAGUGGAUUUCCUUUUUGGAGAACUGCACGGAAAAAUGAAACUACUCAAGCGUUUACUGAAAGCAUACCAUCUCUUAACCUUCCAUGAGCAGAGGAAAGUAAAGGCUGUCCACGAUUAUCUGAAAAAGCAGCUAAAGACAUUAGAAAAAUUUGAAGAACUAAAGGAUAAAAUACCUAACUUUCCAACAUUACCACCAAUCAAUAAAAUGAGUAAUAAAUUAAUUAGCACAGAUCAAAAUAAUUCAAUACAUAAAGUACAUGAUAAUGACAAUUCUCUUUUAUCACUCUUCAGUCGUGAGCUGACCAACAGAAAUAAGCUGAGAGAUCUCAAAGAAAAAAGCAAAAAAAUAAAGAGACAGAAGUUUAAAAGUUUUUUGAUCGACAAUUUCAGAAAAAAAAGAGCGAUGAUACCGAACGAUCAUUUGAAAAUAAUUGAGAGGCUUACAUUACCACUCAGUACUACUGCAUCAAACGAUUUGUCUACGACAUUGGAGAAAUUUUCUUCAAGUAUUUACAACUCGGAAAAAACUGAAAAGUGGAAUAAAAAUUUUUUUAAUGAAUCUACUGGAGUUUUAGCUUAUCCGGGUGAUAAAUCAAAAAUUAAAUGCAGUGAAUAUGCUUUAACAAGGACAUUUUCAUCAUCAGCUUCAACAUCAGUACCUUCAGCUUCAAUUUUUCGAUAUAAUUCAAGCGUCAAACGAAACAGAUUAAUGAUCAAUAAUAAAAAUAAUCAAAUUAAAAAUACAUCAAUCGCAUCGAAAAAUUUAAUGAUAAAUAAUAAAAUUACGGUGCAAUUAAACUCAUCAAAUGGGCCGACAACUCCGAAAAAUUCAUUCGCUACGUUGGAGAGUGCAAAACUAUUGGAAAGUAAAAUAAAUAUUUUUCCAGUAGAUUUAUAAUUAGUAAAACGACAAAUUUAAUAUUUAUUUACUUAUGACUGGAAAAUAACUUGGUGUACUUACUAGAUAAAUAAAUAUAUAAUAUACCUUAACAAAAUAAAAGGAAUGGAACAAAGAAAAUGCAUCAAUAGCACUCCAAUAAGUUAUUAAACUUUAAUAAGCCAAUGAACUCAAUUCAUUAGACAAAAAAAGUUUAAACCCGGGAAAUCUUUGGUAACUUUAAUCAUAAAUAAAGUAAAAAACAAGUAGUAAGAAAAAAAAUUUGUUCUCGAGAGACUUGGGGAGUGAAUCUACGGGUAAGCCAAUUAAAUUCAGAAAAUCGGAUGCCUCGUUUAUGCAGGCAUGAGCACGCAGGGUGAUUCUACCCAAAGAUGUUAUUACUUAUUCGUCGCGGUUUAAAUUCUGAGUUUAUUUAGAAAUUCGGGACGAGCAUCUGCGUUUCGGCUUGCGCGCGCCAGCUUUUAUCUUUUAUUCUUAUUAUCAUUAUUAUUAUUGUAUUUUUUUUUUCAGAUUAGCUUAUCCAUUUAUAUUUUUAUUUAAUCUUAACUCUAGACUGGUCACCCGUAUAGCGUGACGCCGUAUAACAACUACUCAACCUAUAGAGACUCGCUAUAGUGCGAGCGAGAAACUAAAAAAAUGGUGACUAGUCUAGGGUUAAAAAUAUAUCCAUAAUGCACGAUUCAAAAAGAAUGUGUUUUUCUCUGGUGAUGUGAAAAACAUAAGCAUACUAUUUUCAAACAGUCCCUAUUAUUGUCAUUAUUAGCAAUGAUACUAUGAAAAAUUUAAUAUCAUAUAAUUUUUUUGCUUAAAAUAAUUAUA